AAACAGGCAAAUGCGGGAUGUUCCAAUAACUACUUAAGAAGCGACACUUCACCAAUCGCUCACCACACACUACCUUAUCCUUGACAAUGUACACCUCCGGCCCUGCUGCAGCCAUGGCAGAAGUCAACUUCAUCAAAUCAUUCCUCUCCUCCCUCGACUCCCGCCCUAUCAAGCUCCCAGCCAACCAUGUAAUCGACCCUGAGCGAGUCCCGCGAGUCCCUUACCUUCUCCCCCGCAUGCCAGCCCCGCACUCGGAAAUGCCCAAGAAAGUCAAACAGUCUCAAGCCCCGGGUUCCUCGAAAUCAAUCACCGUGAACUUAAAAUCCGCCCGCAAUCCCUCCCUUGAAAUCAAACUCUCGAACAAGCCUCUCUCCACAACAUCCGUGCAGGACCUCAAGGAUGCCGUCCGGGACCGCGUGGUCGAUACGCAGUCGAACAAGGUCCCGCUGGACAAGAUCAAGAUUUUGUACAAGCGCAAGCCGAUUGCGGGGAAGACAAUCUCCGAGAUCCUGGCUGAUGAGCCUGAGAUGCUUGCUGGAGGUAAGGAGGUUGAGUUUGGAGUUAUGAUUAUGGGGGGUGCGAAGGUAGUUGAGGAGGAUCAGGAGAUGGCGGAUCAGAGCGUGUCGCCGAAGGCGGCACUUGGGCCUAGUGGGGAGAGUGUUCUGGAGACGGAGGCUUUCUGGGAGGAUCUAGAGGGGUAUCUUGGGCAGAGGAUUAAGGAUAAUGAGGAGGCGAAGAAUUUGAGGGUUUUGUUUAAGGAGGCUUGGAGUUCGAGUCGGUAAUUUGCUUUGUAGCUCGUGUGCUGUGUUAUGAUACCUUAAUGAGUAUAAAGCUCGUAUGCAUUCUCGGAUACUUUUGCACAUAAGACC